AGAAUAUUCAAUAAAAAUUCGGUUUGCUUACUACAUAGAGUUUUCUUUUACAUAUUUCAUAAUACUCUUGAGAAAAGAAUGAAUUCUUUUAUUGUGUAUAAGAUGAGCUUCUCUAAGACUUGUGACGAGUAUAUCUUAAAACUACUAUUAAGAAAAUAUUCUUUGAAGAAAACUAUUACUUAAAUAAAAUAAAACAGGUAAUUGCUAUUUUUGCCUGUAGCAUGAUAUUUUUCUAUGUGUAGCAUUGACAAAAUGAAGAGUUGGGUAUGGCAGUAUUGCUUGAAAGCUGCUGAUGGUCAGUCAGCAACUUGUGAAUUAUGUGAUACAGUACUUCGAACAUAUAAUUCUACAAGUACUUUAAUACAGCAUUUAAAAUUAGUGCAUUCUUUAACGUCAUCACAAAAAAAUGCAAAACGACAGCGCGUUCAAGAAGAGCAGUGAGUAUUGGUAUUAAUAUUACUUUACGUUUUUAUGUACACUAUAUAUAAUACAUAUAUGUUUAUCUCACUUAUAGAUUACAAAAUAGUACAGAUAUAGAUGAUCCAAUCGAAGGAUCUUCUUUUUCUAACACAAGUGUCACCGAUAGUGUUUCUUUGACUGAUUCUGCUAUUAUACCGCAAAAACGUGCACGCACAUCUAUUAGCAAGUAACGAAGCGAGAAGAUUACGCAGGCAUUAGUUAAAUUGAUCGCAUUUAACCACCUGCCCUUUAGUUUUUCUUCUAGUCCUGCUUUCAAAACAUUUAUUCAAGAAAUCGAACCUGGAUACAAGAGCCCGUGCAGUCAAACAGUACUUCGUCGUUUACGUGUCCUGGAAGAUGUAAUAAAAUCAAAGAUCCAGCGUAUGUUAGAUUUGUGCGAAUUUAUUGCUCUUGACACGGACUGUUGGACUUCUCGGUCUCAAGAAGGUUAUAUAAAUGUGAAUGCUCAUAUUUUAAAUAACAAAUGGGAGCCACAAAUCUUCACAUUAAGUAUACAAGAACUUAGCGAAAGGCAUACGGCGGAAAAUUUAGCUGACAGCUUACAAAAUGUUGUUGCUGAAUGGCAAAUUGAUACCAAAAUUGUAUCUAUUGUUCAUGAUAACGCAAGGAACAUUAUUGCAGCAGUAAAUAGCAUGGUGAACGUCGGAGUCAGCUCUAGUUGUGCAGCACACACGAUAAAUUUAGCCGUGAGGGAUGCGUUGAAAGAAGAGUGUAUUUCCACCAUGCUUGUUAAAGGAAGCAAAAUUGUUUCCCAUUUUCAUCAUUCUGUCAUUGCUUCACAAGCUCUUGCAAAAAAACAAGAACAAUUAGGCCUGCCUCAGCAUAAACUGAUUCAAUGUGUUCGUACUCGAUGGAAUUCAGAUUUGCAUAUGGCUGAAAGACUUGUAGAGAAUCGUGGCGCUAUCACAGCUGUUCUUGGAGAUCGAACCGUAACAACUCACUCGCAAGCAAAAAGUUUAGAAAUAAAUGAGGAUGAAUGGACUAUGUUCGAAAAUUUAAUACCAGUUCUCAAGCCACUUGAACUUUCAAGUGCUAUAUUAUCCGGAGCUCCAGUAUCAAUGGUACGGCCAAUAAUUCGAACUGUGAUUGACAAUCACCUUUCUUGUGAAAAUGAAGGCGUAUCAAAAACAUUGGCAGAAGCAUUAUCCACUCGUUUUCAAAUGGAGUCACAGGGAGAUAUAUCAAUAUAUCAAAAGGCUUCAUUUCUGGAUCCUCGUCACAAAGAUCUUCAAGCUGAAUCAAUCUUGCAGCGGGCUGCGAUUAGAGAACUGAUUGAAUCGGAAGCAACAUCUCUUAUUCCAAAAGAAUCUGAAUCGAAUGUGCAAACUUUUGCUAACAGUGCACUAGACUUUCUUUUUAAAAAGCCUGAAACGCAUGUCUCUUCGGCAGCUCAACAGAUCCAAUUAUAUCUUUGUGAGCCACAAAUUGAUAUUAAUAUAGAUCCAUUUCAAUGGUGGAAAUCACGCGAAAAAAAAUUUCCACAAUUGGCUCAGUUGGCAAAAAAAUACUUAUGUAUUCCCGCGACAUCCGUUGCAUCGGAAAGAAUUUUUUCGACGGCAGGCAAUAUCGUUUCGCCACGACGAAGCUGCCUCGCUUCUGAAAAUGUUUCGACAAAUGUUUUUAUUUUUCAAAAUAAGUUUUUAUUAGAACAAUAAUGCCCAGUAAUAAUCUUUCUUAGCGAUGUAGGGGGCUUCUAAAUUGAAUUUUUAACUUUUGACCGAAGAGAUAUUCUUAACAUUUU